CUGGGGCGAAUUAGGAAUGGUCAGCGGAAUUACACAACAACUAACUUCUAAAAUGGCGGACACGAGGGUAGAAGAUAGAUCAUUGUCCGGUCUGAGAUCUUUGGCAGAGACGCUUGAUUACACGGAAAAAUCCUGGAUUGAAACUAAGGAAACUUUAGAUAAACUUAAGACCUGGGCUUUGGUUCAAGAGAACAGAUGCUUUGUAACAGAGGCAAAUAUUGUACAGGUGAAAGAUGUCAUUGUGGCCUGCAAAAACACUUUGCGUGCACAAACACGUGAAUGGAAAGAACAACAACUCAUCCUUUGUUUGAAAGCUUUAACAGAGGCCUUUAGAUUCUUGAGAAACUGCUGUGCAGAAACACCAAAAAAUCAGAACAGUAUAAUAUCAUCAGGUGUGUUGGAACACGUGAUGGAUAUUACUGUCAUUUUGUUGAAACCAGACUUCCAAGAAAGUGAACAAGGAUCAGAUGUUAUUGAUGCUAUAAGAAGUAGUCUGCAGCUUCUUGGAAAUACAAUUGUCCAAAAUGACACCACCCAGCAAUUUGUGUGGAAAAAGUGCUUUCCACGAUUCUUCUUGAAUGUAUUUUCGUCAACAAAUCACAGAGUUCAGGACUGCUUGUGUAUGAUUAUAUACAACUGUUUAAAUGAACACAGGAGAUUACAGCUUGUUAGUGAUCACGAUGGUCUCAAGAUUAUUUCGCACAUUGUACACCUGUGUUCUAACAAAUCUCAGCUUGAAUGGGGGUAUUUAAUUUUGGAUUAUUUGAUCUGCAAUGGUCUUUUCCCUGAGAUGUACCAAGGAAUUGAAUUUGAUCCAGUAGCUAGGAUAAUUUUGUUGGACUUAUUGCAGGUCAAAAUAACAGCUGCUUUAGAUGAACCGAAUAAUAAAUCAAUAGAAGGACAAUCUGAGGAUGAUUUUUAUGCAACAUCAUUAGGAUACCUUGCCGAACAGUUUGAGAGCCAUGCUGUCAAUAUUACACAAAGACUACAGCAAUUGGAUCACUCAUCUGAUGACUUUUUUCAGGUGUUGAUUGUUACACGGCUAUUAGGCAUACUGUCUGUCAGUACUGGACUGCAGUCAAACCUGGCUGGCCUGCAGGAAAGAACCUCAUUACUGGUCACAUGUGUAGAUUUAUUAAAAGAAACAGCUAAGCCUGAGGCCAAGGCAACAUUCACCAAUGUGAGCCAACUUCCACAAGGUGUAGACUCUGAGGAACUAAGUCCUAGUCAUGGUUUUCAGAGAGAUCUAGUGCGAGUUAUUGGGAACAUGUGUUACCGGCACGCAGCCAAUCAGAACAAGGUGCGGGAACUUGAAGGAAUUCCUUUAUUACUGGAUCACUGUAAUGUUGAUGAUCAGAAUCCCUAUAUUUGCCAGUGGGCCAUCUUCGCCAUCAGGAAUCUUCUGGAGAACAAUAAAGAAAAUCAGAACAUUGUUUCAUCAAUGGAUCCUGGAGGGCUUGCCAACUCGUCAAGAUUGCGGCAGUUUGGAGUCGAGGCUGUCGAACUGGACAAUGGAAGAAUCAAGCUCGUCCAAAUAACAUGAUCUACACGAAAGAAUUAUUAUACUGCAGAUGAUUAUAACAGUAAAAUUGAUUGGGUAAUAAAAUCCAGUGGCUUGAACAUAGCAACUCAAAGUAA